GACGGUACAACGAUAAAUACCAGCACGUACAGCGCAUGCGCCCCGAUUGAAUUUGCAAAACAAACAAGUCAGUACCGUCAGGUGCACCGUGCAUAUCGCAUAACAGAUGGUAUUUCAUUCCGUAAAUAUUAUUGUGAACCAGUGGAGUGCACGAGAUAGUCAGAUAAUAUUGGGGAUUCGCUAUCAUUUAAUGAUAAAUGAGUAGCGCGACCUCAGGACUAACGGUAUAAACCCAAACAAACACCGGAUCGAGAGAAAGCGUUGAGGAUUUCCAGCGGAGUGAAAGCAUCGACUGCCAGUGCAACCGUAGCGUCGCGACGAGCGGACGAAAACAUAACCUCAACAUGUCUCUCGCAAUCGCUUCAGCGGUAAUUCUGACAAGUGCCGCAGCUGUUUAUUGGUACAUAAACAGGCAUAAACCCUUGAAGCACAUCCUCAGUGAACUGAAGUACGCGCUAGACAUGCAGGGCGCAGGCGCCGGUGGCCUUAUUGAUGACUGGGUUAAUAUCAGGAGAAACAAAAUUGUGUUGCCAGACGCGAAGAGGAAAAUUGCGGUCAUUACGGGCGGAGCUCGCGGAAUAGGGGUCGAAGUCGUGCGAGGACUGUUAAAGGCAAAUAUGAUGGUCAUCGCUGGUGUCAGGAAACCGGAAGCUAUGAAGAAGCUAGCUGAUAACAUGGAGAAUGGUGAUAACAUCAUAGCCUUUCCAUUGGAUUUGCAGUCGUUGAAAUCGGUCAAGAAUUUUGCACAGACUGUUAUGGAAAAAUUCCCGACUAUUCAUCUACUUGUCAACAAUGCUGGGAUAAUGUACGGAGACUAUCAUGUUACUGAAGACGGAUUUGAGAAUCAAUUAGCGGUCAAUCAUCUGGGUCACUUUUAUUUGACACAUUUGUUGUUGCCAGCACUAAAAAAGGGUGGCGCUCUCGGCGAGGCGGCCAGGGUGGUGAAUGUGACAUCGUGUGCUCAUUACCCUGGGAAGAUAUUCUUUGAUGACAUCAAUAUGAAGGAGCACUACGACACGACGGCGGCGUAUGCGCAGGCUAAACUGGCACAGUUAAUGAGUGCUCGUUACAUCAACAAGAUGAUGGAAGAAGAAGGAUAUCCGGUGAAAUGUUAUGCGGUUCACCCCGGCAUUGUGGACACAGAUCUGUUUGAACACACCAUGUUCAAAAAAGCUUUCCCUUGGCUCAUGAAAGUAUUCUUCAAAACCCCGGCUAAAGGGGCAGUUUCUAUACUUCAUGCUUGUUUCGACCAAGAUAUAGAGAAAAAAGGAGGAUUAUACAUAAGUAACUGUAUUGAAGGUAUUAGCAAUAGUUUCUCAAAGAAAUUAGAUUAUCAAGAAAAGCUUUAUGAUCUUUCAUGCCAGUUAGUUGGCAUCGAUAAGGCAAAUUUUGGUAGAGCAUGAGGCUAGUUUCGAUAUUAAUGAAACAAACAAUCCCGCUGGGAGGAAAACAAAAGACUUUAGAUAUAUAAGUACAAUAUAAAGACUAUUUAUGAUAUAUAAUAUUAAAUUAUAUGACUGUCUUUGAAUAUGAUUCAAAAUAAAUGAUUCUCAUACUA